AUUUGUUUUCUCUCUAUCUUUAUAUAUCCAUCCUCGCCGGCGGAGAAAAAUCCGGCGACAUUUUCCGGCCAACAUUUGAAAAAACUAUAAAAUUUUUAAUUUUCUUCGAAUUAUUCCAAGAUUUUUAUAUAUUUGGAUACCCUUUUAACGAAUGCUUGAAACCCAUAAAUCUUUUUAAUGGAUUUUUUGAAAAGAUUUGGCGCCGGAGAAGGUGACGUCGGCCAUUCUGUUAAAGAAGAAGACGUUGAACUGAGUUUAGGGUUAUCAUUAAACGGCCAUUUUGGGGUUAAAAAUCAUAAUCAUAAUAAUAAUAAUAAUAAUAAUAAUAACGGUAAGCUAAUUCGGGCAUCUUCAAUAGCUGAUUUUUCAAGUUUCGGGUCGGUAACGGAAGAUCCAACGCCGUUAACUUUGUAUCCGUUAACGCCGUUAAAUAGGACGUGUUCUUUGCCAAUUGAGCCAGAAGUUGAAUGGAAAAAAAGGAAAGAAUUACAAUCAUUAAGAAGGUCAGAGGCUAAAAGAAAAAGAGUUGAAAAAAUUAGUAAAAAUGGGAAUUUUGAGAUUAAAAAAAUGAAUGGAAAUGAGAGUUUGAGAUCAUCGCCGCCGGCAGGGUUGCCGCCGUUGCCACGGCCGACGGUGGUUCCGGCGGUUGGGUCUCCGGGAAGUGGUGGAUCUUCUGGUGUUUCUGAUUUGGAAAGUCAACCUUUUAUGGGAACAAACAAAGAUGCUGAAUUGAAUAGCACGGCUAGUCAGCAAUCCGUUUUGCAUAAGAACUCGAGUUCAAUCCCCUGUAGAUCAAACUCUGUUGCUUCUGAACAUGCUUCAAAAAAUCUUCCGGUGACAUCAUCUAAGAUCAACGGUGAAAACCGCUCCAGGAAUGACACCCUAAAGAUGAUGUUAGCUGACAUGCCUUGUGUUUCCACCAAAGGAGACGGGGUUAAUGGAAAGAAGAUAGAAGGAUUUUUGUAUAGAUACAGAAAAGGCGAAGAAGUGAGAAUAGUAUGUGUUUGUCAUGGCAGCUUUCUAACUCCAGCCGAGUUUGUCAAACAUGGUGGUGGCGGUGAUGUGGAAUAUCCUCUCAGACAUAUUGUCGUUAACCCACCUUCGCUAUGAUACAGACUACAAAAACUAGUCAUACAUGGAAACCGGUCUUUUGGUCCUCUUAUGUGCCAAAUGAAAGGUUCAAUAAAGUUUCAUUGAUGUCGUAAGACAAUGUAGAGAACAUAUUUGCAAUCUUGAUUGAAGUAGUAUCUUUUGUCUAAUCUAGUGUAGUUUUGGUAGUUUGUUUGCUGACUUUUAUUGUUUCGGGUAUGAGCAAAGCCAAAAGGUAGAGUUUAAAAUGAGCCAUCUCCUGUUUUGUUUGUUUGUUUUUCUGGUGAAAAGGAAUAUGAAUAUAUAAAUCUAAAGCUUUCAACAUA